UAAAGGUAAAAGACGAUUCUUUUUUACCUUAAAAGCAUUUUUAUCUUAGGUUAUAUAGCUUUUUCUCUUUGUUUUUACAUGUCUUGGGCACUAAUGGCUAGACACUUUGGUUGGAGUAUUAUGGAAGAAAGCUGGAGGAAAGGUCCUUGGACAGCUGAAGAAGAUAAGCUUCUUAUUGAAUAUGUCAAGUUACAUGGUGAAGGUAGAUGGAACUCUGUUGCCAAGCUUGCGGGGUUAAAAAGGAAUGGAAAGAGUUGUAGGCUAAGGUGGGUGAAUUAUUUAAGGCCAGACCUUAAAAGAGGCCAAAUAACACCACAUGAAGAGAGUAUAAUUCUUGAACUACAUGCAAGGUGGGGAAACAGGUGGUCAACAAUUGCAAGAAGCUUACCUGGAAGAACUGAUAAUGAGAUCAAGAACUACUGGAGGACCCAUUUCAAGAAAAAGCCUGAUAACUCCAUUAAGGCAAAAGCUCGAAUACUUAAAAGGCAACAAUUUCAACAGCAACAAAUCCUGCAACAACAGCAACAACAAUAUCAACAACAACAAAACCAAUUAGACAUGAAAAGGAUCAUGUCUUUGCUCGAUGAAACGGAACAUAAAGUUCCGUAUGUGCCACAGAUGAGUAGGCAAGAAACUAUGGGUACUACUAAUUCGUACCUCAACCACAACAGCACGACGGAUCAAGAACAAGGCUUCGUUUAUCCCAUGAUAAUCGAUGGCAAUGUUUCGAGCAGCGAUACAUCGAACGAGGAAUUUCUUUGGGACGGUUUAUGGAACUUGGAUGAUGAUUUCAAUGGGAAUUUCAGUGCUGCAUGUGCAACGAGCAAAGCUAGUUUGCACAAUUUAGCCACCCCUUUCUGCUAAUUUUCUUUGAUUUAACAUAAAUGAAUAACUUUUUCAGAUUCGGAUAGAGUGUUGGAUAUGAGUAUGGUUAGUUUUGUUUUAAGUUUUUUCAUGUUACGUCGGAGAUAAGUGUCUGACAAAAGUACUUCAAUGAAAUUGAAGAAUCCGAGCAACAAUGUUGUAUGAAAAUUUUAUGGUGUGAUCAAUUAAAAAUUUUUAUUUUUAGAUUA